CCUACUCGACUUGUCAACUUGGAUGCAAAGUUGUUUAUUUUAAAAUGUUGCUAUAAUUUUAAAACAUCAUAUGUACAAUACCAUAAGUGGUAUUAUACAGUUAUUAGCUGAAACAUUGUAUGAACUACAAUAACGUUGCACUUCUUUUAAUAAAACUGCUCGAUGAGUCAUAAUUUAAGCUACAUAACCUGUAAACGAAGUUAUAGACCAACAAACUAUUAAAAAUGAAUAUUUUACCAAAAAAAAGAUGGCACGUCCGUACAAAAGAAAAUAUUGCUAGAGUUCGACGGGAUGAAGCUCAAGCUGCUGAAGAAGCUAAAAUUGAACAAGCUCGUAUUGAUAAAGCUGAAAGCGAAGCAAGAUUAAAUUUAUUAAGAACUGAAUCGAGGAGAAGGAAUAAUAUUAGUCCCUUAACCGUGAAUGAUAAGCAAAUUUCAAGUACAUCAGCAAAUUCUUCAAAGCAUAUUAAUUUCUUUGAAGAAAUAGAACAAGGUAAUAUUGAUUAUAGUAAAUCAAAUAAAGAUUAUGAAAAGGGUAAAAAAGAAGAGCAAGAGAAGUAUGAGAAACAAAUUGGAUAUUUAACUUAUCUUGGUCAAGGACUUAAGGAGGCUGUUAAUAAUAGCUGGUAUAACGAAUUACCUAAGCGUUUAAGCGAUACAAAUAAAAAUAUUGAAGUUAAGCCAAAUAAAAAAGUUCUGGAGGAUCCAAUGCAGGAUAUCAAACGAUAUUUACACAUUAUGUCUGUGAAUCAAAGUAAUAGUAAAUCUGAAAAAAAGCAUGAAUCUAGAAAUGAAAAAUUUCCUACUAAAUAUAGUAGUUACGAUACUACUAAGAAACAAAAACGUAAAUUAUCAUCUAGUGAUGAAAGUGAUGAUAAUCAUAGAUCCCAUAAGAAACAUAAAAAGCAUAAAAAACAUAAAAAAUCUAAAAAGCAUAAGCGAGAUAAAGAGAAGCAAACUGUUAAAUCUAAUAUAAAUAUUGAAAAAUUAAGAGAAGAAAGAUUACAAAGGGAACAGAAGGAAAGGUUGAGAGCACAAGCACUAUUAGAAGAAGUGAAAGGUAAUCGCCAGGAUGAAACAAAUGCAAAUUUAGUAUUUCGUCAAAAGUAUAAUUCUCAAUUUUUCCCAGAACUUGCUCGACAAAAUUGUGAAAAGAAUUAUAAAUAGCCAUUAGUCGAAUGCUUUUUAUUUACUUAAUA